AUGCCCCUCUGCGGGCGCCUGCUUGGGGCGCUGGGCAGCUUUGCUGCUGCUGGAGUUGGGAUUGUGGCGACUCCUGUGGACCGCCGGCAGCUAGCUGUCGAGACACUGCAGCAGGAGCUGCAGGCCCUCGAGAAAGAACUCAAGGACUGGUUUCUGGAGAGGAAGGUGGCUUUGGAGCGUCACCGCGCUCUGCAUGCGCUGCUGCAACGGCACAACUUCGUGGGGCUGUCGGUGAAUUGUAAGGAUCUGCCAGACGGCCAGAGAGCCCUGUGGACAGACCUCGUGACUGGGGAGCCGAAGCUCGAGGACGCGCUCAGCGUAGACGCCCGGGAGAUGAAGGCUGAUAUGUACAUGAAAAUGUUUAGAGAGGCGGCUGACUUGGAAAACCCUGUGUGCGUUCCAGGCGUGGCUUAUCUGCGGUGCCUGAAGGAUAACAAGAUGGAAACACACGCACGGCGCUCUGAGAUAUGCCGUUCUCAGUUUGAGGCAUUUGACUCCGCUAGGCAGGCCGUGCUGAUGCAGCAGGCAAACGCCACUGAGAGAGCAAUGGUGAAGCAGAACAUUGCAGACCUCCGUGCUAAGUCUUUGUUCGAGCGCCGACUGCACGUACUCGCCCUGCUUGAGGCUGCAAACAGCAGUGGCGAACACACAAGCUGCUCCGUCAGCGUGAGCAGCAGCAGCAGCUGCUGCUGCAGCAGCGGCAGCUGCCGUUGCUGCUCAUGCUACUGCAACAGCAGCAGAAGCUGCUACUGUUGCAGCAGCAACAGCAACCUCCCUCAUUCGCUGCAGCUGCAUGCGGCUACGCUGCUACUGCUGCCGCUGCUGCUGCUGCUGCUGCUGCUGCUGCUGGCUGCUGGUCUUUCGGGGCCCCUAGGGCUCUUAGGCGCCGAAGUCAAAGCAGUACAUUUGCUGCAAGCGCUGGAGCUUAAGGAAGACCACAGCAGCAGCAGCAGCAGCGGCCCAGCAAAGAGCUUCCAUAGCAGCAGCCCGCCAGGCACUGCAGCAACGGCAGCUCGCUUGAGGCAGCAGCGGAAGCCGCUCGAAGUGCGGCAGCAGCAGCAGCAGCAGCAGCUCGACUGUUCGCGGCGCAGCAGCGCCAGUAGCUGA